AACCAAUAGCAGUGCUUGGUAUUGGGAUGUCGUGCUGUAAGUAGUGCGCAUGCGCAGAUCUGUAUUGCGUUUAGGAAGACCGCAAGCGUGUGAGGGGCAAUGGAUCCUCAAAAAGAUGUUCAGCCUCCCAAACAGCAGCCGAUGAUCUACAUUUGUGGAGAGUGUCACACAGAAAAUGAGAUUAAGGCGAGAGACCCCAUUAGAUGCAGAGAAUGUGGAUACAGGAUUAUGUAUAAGAAAAGGACCAAAAGAUUGGUCGUAUUUGACGCCAGAUGAACUUCACUUUUGUUUGUUUUUCUGUUCUAAUAUGCUUUUUUAAAAGUGUCUAAAUGUAAAUACAUGUAUACGAUUGAGUUCAACACGAGAGUUCAAUACAGUUUGCUAUAAAAACA